AUAUAAUCCCGAACAAAUCGCAGCAGCCAUUUUUAAAUAUUUCAAAAUGGAAAAGUUAUUUUGUUUUCUAUUGUUAUUGGCUGUCGCUAAGGGUCUUAGCCUCACGCAGCCUUACACUUUGCGUUCUUUAGGAUGCGAUACUUUUGGAUUUGGCAGAAUUAUCCAAGGAGAUGUUGUCGAACCUCAUUCUAUCCCAUACCAAGUUGGACUUCACAUUAGUACACCAGGCUCAGAUCGUAAAGCUUUCUGCGGAGGAACACUGAUUUCUGAAAACUAUGUGAUGACUGCCGCUCACUGUACCGACAAUGCUGUGGAAAUCGAAGUCGUCUUGGGCGCUCAUGAAAUAACAAAAGAAGAAUCCACACAAGUACGAAUUAUAUCCAAAGAGUUCACGGUCCAUGAAGGAUGGGAUUUCGAUAGUAUCCAAAACGAUAUUGCCCUUGUGAAACUCUCCAAACCAGCUCCGUUAAAUGAAUAUAUUAAGCUUGCAAAACUUCCAAAGUUCUCUGAAAGGGACGAACCUUUCGAAAAGUUGCCAGCUAGAGGUAGCGGCUGGGGUAAAAUUGGAGAUGCUGAGAACACCAUCAGUCCAGUUCUUCGCAAAGUCGAUCUUACUGUGAUAAGUAACAGAGAUUGUAACGCAGCUUAUGGAGUGAUCACUGAUACUCAAAUCUGCUCUGCUGGUGAAGGCAGCAAAGGUCCAUGCAACGGUGAUUCCGGUGGUCCACUUGUUGUUAAUAGCGAUAAACAAGUCGGAAUUGCUUCUUUCGUGACUGAUUUCGGAUGCGAAGCUGGAUGGCCAGCCGGUUACUGCCGUGUUUCCAAAUAUCUGGAUUGGAUUGCCGAGCAUUCUGACGUCAAAAUCGAAGAUUAUUUGGCAACUGUGGCUUUAGCCCAGGCCCAAGAAAAAGCCAACUUCAAGUCAUUGGACAUUGUCACCAAUUUCUUCAACAUCGGCCUGUUCAACAAGAAUGGUCGUAUCGUUGGUGGGAAUGAGGUCAAACCUAAUUCCAUCCCGUACCAAGUUGGUUUGAAGGUUCACAUGAAAGAUGACGAAAACCAAAUUGCCUUCUGCGGUGGUUCUUUAAUUUCCCGCAACUUCGUUCUCACUGCCGCUCACUGCGUUGAACCAGGAAAAUUCAUCGACGUUAUACUGGGAGCUCACAAGGUUCUGCAAGAAGAACCAACACAAAUCCGCGUUACUUCUGAAGAUCUGAUCUACCACGAAGAUUGGAGCAUGCUUACGUUGAGAAACGAUAUUGCUUUGAUCAAAUUGCCACAGUCUGUUGAAUUGAACGAGAAUGUCCAAUUGGUUAAAUUGCCCACCAGGGCUCAAGCCGAACAAACUUUUGCGGAGGAAAACUCUAUUGCCAGUGGAUGGGGAAAGGACAGCGACAAGGCUACCAGCGUUAGCCCAGUCUUGCGUUCCGUUCAAGUUCCGGUUUUGGACAAUAACACCUGCAACAAAUCCUUCUUCGGAAUGAUUCACGCAUCGCACAUUUGCACCAAGUCUGAAGGUGGCAAGAGCACCUGCAGCGGAGACUCCGGCGGUCCAUUGGUCUUGGCUGAGGACAACACUCAGAUCGGUUUGGUUUCCUUCGGUGUUUCGUUUGGAUGCGAAAUUGGAUGGCCAGCGGCUUACACCCGUAUCACUUACUUCCUUGAUUGGAUCGAAGAACACAGUGAUGUUAAAAUUGAAUAAGAAUUUGCAAAAGAUAAUAACAAUAUGAAAUAAAAAUAAAUUAUAAUUAA